GGUCUCUCACAGACAUCUCACUCCAUUCUCACCAGAGCCCUCUGAGAAGGUGUUAUUAUCCUACAUUACAGCUGAGGAAACUGAGGCACAGUGCCAAAGACAUAGCCUGGUACACAGUGGAUGCUCGAUAAAUACUGGAUUGAAUUGGAGAGGGAAACUUUCAGUGGGGGCGAGAGGAAAUGAGAUGAAGCUAACCAAAUUCCCUCAGAACCUCCUUCCAUCCUCCUCAUUGCUGCUCUCCAGGGUUCCUGUGAGGCGCGAUGCUCCUGGGAAGUAGGAAUGGGAAGAGGCGGGACCAAGAGCAGAGCUGCCCCCACCCGCCAGUUCUGGAAAACACAGCCCCCCAUUCGCCUCUGCCCCUUGUAAACCCCACCAUCACCCCUUAACGGCCGCUUGAAACUCUUUCGAGGACGCCCCGCAGCCAGCCCCAGGAGGUUUGGGGCGCCCGCCACGCAGCAGAGAAGCGUCUAGGAGCGCGGGGUCCCGGGAGGGCGCUCCAGACAGCGCGGCGCACACGCAGGUCCCGGCAGUCGGUCCCUCCACCACUCUGGCCUCUGCCAGGGAGGUCAUUUCCCCCCUCAGCCCGGCCCAGACCGCACCCCGGGGCUGGAGCGCGCCGACGACACCGGAGGGCCGGGGAGCAGGCAGGAGCACCGUCCUCCGCGCCCGGAGUGGGCUGCCUGGGCCUCGGCGGAGCCACGCCGGGGCCACUCGACAGCCCUUCCCCAGGCGCCGCCAGCUGCUGCGGGGGACCAUCCUACUGCUCUGGCUGCUCGCUCCUCCCCCUGACCCCAGGGCACCCCCAUCUCCCGCCCCAGCCGCCGCCAGGCUCACUCUGCCCGCAGCUCCGCGGAGUCGCGCUCGGCGCUGCAGCGCCGCGGGAGCUGCGCGCUCGCCAACACCCAGACGGCUGCAGGAUCCCGGGCAGCCUCGUGUUCGGCGACACCAUGAAUGCCUCGGGUGACCCGGGGGCCGAGGCAGCGAGCGAGGCUGGCGGCGGGGGCAGCUGGCAGCCCGAGGCGGUCAUCGUGCCCAUGUUAUUUGCGACUAUCUUCCUCGUGGGCACCGUGGGCAACGCACUGGUGCUGGCCGUGCUGCUGCGCGGCGGCCAGGCGGUCAGCACCACCAACCUGUUCAUCCUCAAUCUGGGCGUGGCCGACCUGUGUUUUAUCGUGUGCUGCGUGCCCUUCCAGGCCACCAUCUACACCCUGGACGGCUGGGUGUUUGGCUCGCUGCUCUGCAAGGCUGUGCACUUCUUCAUCUUCCUCACCAUGCACGCCAGCAGCUUCACGCUGGCCGCCGUCUCCCUGGACAGGUAUCUGGCUAUCCGCUAUCCGUUGCACUCCCGCGAGCUGCGCACACCUCGCAACGCGCUAGCGGCCAUCGGUCUCAUCUGGGGGCUGUCGCUGCUCUUCUCUGGGCCCUACCUGAGUUACUACCGCCAAUCGCGGUUGGCCAACCUGACCGUGUGCCAUCCGGCAUGGAGCGCGCCUCGCCGCCGCGCCAUGGACCUCUGCACCUUUGUCUUCAGCUACCUGCUGCCCAUGCUGGUGCUCGGCCUGACCUACGUGCGCACCCUGCGCUACCUCUGGCGCACCGUCGAUCCGGUGGUCGCCGGCUCAGGCGCCCGGCGUGCCAAGCGCAAGGUAACGCGCAUGAUCGUCAUCGUAGCCGCACUCUUCUGCCUCUGUUGGAUGCCUCACCACGCGCUUAUCCUCUGUGUGUGGUUCGGCCGCUUCCCACUUACGCGCGCCACCUACGCGCUGCGCAUCCUCUCGCACCUGGUCUCCUACGCCAACUCAUGCGUCAACCCCAUUGUCUACGCGCUCGUCUCCAAGCACUUCCGCAAGGGCUUUCGCAAGAUCUGCGCCGGCCUGUUGCGCCGUGCUCCGCGCAAAGCCUCGGGCCGCGUGGGCGUCGCGGUGCAGGGCACCCACAGCGGCAGCGUGCUGGAACGCGAGUCCACAGACCUGACGCACGUGGGCGAGGCGGCCUGGCCCUCUGCCCCUGCGCCGGCGCCUCUCAGUGGCCCAGCCUCGAGCCCGGUCCCUGGCCCGUCCUGGCGAGACCAAAAGGCCCCUAACGGCUUUCUGACAGUUAGUGUGACCCGAGGGCACUUAGGGGGUACGCUUGAGUGUUAAAGGAUUGGAGUUGGAGGUCAGGGGACUGUGGAGGAGUUUCAUCUGUUAAUAAAACUUGCAAACGAUUUCACAUGCAGUGACGCGCUGUGUCUCCGCCUCUCUCAUAGUCAUGGGGCUCUGUGGUUAAGAAGCCCCUGGGACUUCACAGGCGCACUCUGGAUAAAAGGGCGUAGAGUGCUUUGCUGAGCUACAAGGGGAGUGUAGAUCGCACCCAAGGCGGCCGAGCCUUGCCAUCCUUUGUCGACUUCAACUUGCGGGAGGAGGUUCAGGAAAGCACACAGAUUCCAAACAACGGGAGCGCACCCCUGCUUGUGGACGUACGGGUGUUUGUAUCAACCGUGUU